AUGAAUGAGGAAGAGAAUGGGGAUGGAAACCUCCGUGGAGGCGAGAGAAGCGAGGGGGACGUCUCCCUGAGAAACAGUGUGUGCAUUCACCACUGGAUAAGCCGUCACUCUUCCUCCUCCGCUCCUCCAAGAGCUAGCACAGUUCUUCGGGAGAAAAGAGAUACUCCAUGGCUACUACUACCGAGAGAUGAGCCUCAGCCGCAGCAACCCCUGCACAUCCUCUUCCUCCCGUACUUCGCCCCGGGGCACCUCAUUCCGGCGGCGGACAUGGCGGCGCUAUUCGCCGCCCGCGGCGCCAGGUGCACCAUCCUCACUACGCCUGUCAACGCCGACAUCAUCCGUCCAGCCGUCGACCGGGCCAACAACGCAAACCUCCAUGGCAGCGACUCCGCCCCAGCCAUACCAAUCGACAUCUCCGUCGUGCCUUUCCCCGACGUCGGGCUCCCUCCGGGCUUCGAGAACGUCAGGUACAUCACCCAGUCCCACGGACCAGAGUACUACGGCAAGUUCCUCCAUGCCGGGCUUCUUCUCCAGGUGCCCUUCGACCGGUUCCUGGCCGAUAGCCGCCCCCGCGUCGACGCCGUCGUGACCGACAGCUUCUUCACCUGGUCCCAAGACGCCGCCGCGGCGCACGGCGUCCCGCGGCUCGUGUUCCUCGGCAUCAGCGUCUUCGCGCAGUGCUGCAGCGAAAGCACGCUGCGCAACAACCCGCUGGAGGCUUGCCCGGACGACGACGAGGAUCCGGACGCCUUCGUUUUGCUGCCCGGGCUGCCGCACCGUGUGGAGCUGAGGAGGCGGCAGAUUUUGGAUCACGGGAAGAGGCCGUUGGAGUGGGAGUUCUACGAGAGCGCCAGCACGGCGGACCAGCGGAGCUUCGGCGAGGUGUUCAACAGCUUCCACGAGCUCGAGCCGGACUACGUGGAGCACUUCCACGCCACGCUCGGCCGCCGCGCCUGGCUCGUCGGACCCGUCGCGCUCGCCACCGACAGCAGAGAUGUGGCCGCGACAGGAGGCAUUAGUACCGACGGCGUCGCCGACAUCUGCCUCCGGUGGCUAGACGCGAAGCCGGUAGGCUCCGUGGUGUACAUCUCCUUUGGCACGUUGACCACUUUCUCGCUUGCCGAGCUGGUCGAGAUCGCCCGCGGCCUCGACCUCUCCAGCAAGAACUUCCUCUGGGUCAUCAGUGGCACCGAAUCGUCGGAGUGGAUGCCUCAAGGCUUCGCCGAGCUGUUGGCGCGUGGUGACCGUGGCUUCGUCAUCCGAGGCUGGGCGCCCCAGACGCUCAUCCUGAAACACACGGCGCUCGGCGGCUUCGUCACGCACUGCGGGUGGAACUCGGUGCUGGAGGCGGUGAGCGCCGGCGUGCCAAUGGUCACAUGGCCGCGGUACGGGGACCAGUUCCACAACGAGAAGCUUGUGGUGGAGGUGCUCAAGGUUGGCGUCAACGUCGGCGCCAGGGACUCCGCGGCGGCCAUUGAUACCCAUGAGGUGAUCGGUGGCGAGGUGAUCACUGCGUCCGUCAAGAGAUUGAUGGACGACAGUGAGGAGGGCAAUGCUAUGCGGAAGAAGGUUCAGGAGCUUCGUACAAUGGCGACAAAGGCGUUGGAGAAGGGUGGAUCUUCCUACAAUGAUGUUGGACGACUCAUGGAUGAGUUGAUGGCUCGCCGGAGGUGUGACAGUGUAGGAGAAAACGUGUUCGGGGCAGCUGAUGGAUUCUGA